AUUAUUAAGCACAUCCAAAUGUGGCCGUUGAAACGUAUAACUACUUUUACACACGCAGCUGUAGGAAUAUUAUAAAUUAGUAACACUUUUCCCAUUUUAAAAUCGACAAUGUACUGUAUAAUUGUGCUACACCCGUUCCAUAGAAACACUCUCUGUGUGGAGCCCCGUUACCUAGCAACCGACGAACGCUUCUCAAGCUGUCCUGCCGCAGAGUGAUCAAGUCGUUUCGUCUCCGUUGCUUUAGAAUUUGCUACAGAAAGUUAAAAGUUACACGAUAUUAAUCGAUUUGCCGCAAACAUGGAUCCGCUUCAAGCAACGAGAGACAAGCCGGUGCCCGUAAAAAUAACUCUGCACUGUGGUAAAAAUAUGAAAUUCAGCAAGGGCGAGCCCCUGCUCAGUUUUGCGCGGGCCGAGUUCAACGACAGCGUGCUCGGAGAGUCCCAGAGACUGGACAGUGCUACGGAUCUUCUUGUGGAGUAUAAGUUCACCUGCAGCUUUGACUGCUAUGAUGGAACCAUUACCCUAGAUGACAUAGCGCAAAAACCCAUCAUCUUGACUGUGCUUGAGAUCCUUCCAAAGGAGAAGAAGCAAAAGGAGGAGAAAACCAGUGUCCUUGGCCAGGCUGUGGUAGACCUGGUCCCUCUCCUGCAGGGUCACAGGUCAUUUACCGCCACAGUUCCCCUGCACCCAACUCCAGGUGCACCUGGAGAAAUAGCCCAACAAGACAGCAGCUGCAAGCCCACCCUGGACGUAACCAUCUGCACCCCUGAGCCACUGCUCUCUGACGUACAGCUCUCACAGUCCAAUCUGCUCAAAGUGGUUAUAGAGACUGCCUACUCAGUCCCUGAGGUUUGGAGUAAUGACACUGGACUUCCCUUCAACUAUGUUGCUGCCCUUCAGGUGCCCCUGUCCACUGAGAAGGACCAGGUAUUGUUGUUCUCCAAUGGAGUUCUCAAAAUGGGUGGAGAGCGGGAGACUGUCCCAAGACCUAAAAGGUGGCCCUUGGGCCCCAUGUUGGCCCCUGGCGCACAGUUUAUUCCAGGGGGGGUAAUUGGGGAGCCCACUGAGAUGGAAGUUGGGGACCUGACAUCAACAGAGGAGAAAGAGUUCCGUGUGGAGGUGGAGACUAACAGAAAGCGGGUGAGCUGGGACACAGAGAGACGAUGCUUCAUGGAUGCAGGGGCAGUGGCUUGUCUGAUCCGACGCAUAGUGGACUGCAGAUUGUGGCCAGUAGAGGUCAUGAGGUCCCCUGAUCCCGGGGUCACUAGAGGUGGAAAGCAAGGCAAGGACAAACCGGCAGAAGAUGAGAUUCAGAUCCCCUUUCAUGGGGUGGCCUAUCUGGACAUGGUGCCCCUGCUUUACCCCGGCGUGAAACACAUCCGGGGGGCUUACCUCAUUUACCCGUUCUAUGAGACUGACUUGCAGGCCAAGACGAAACAAAACACCAGCGUCCUGAGAGAGACGAUGAGGAUGCCGGCGCUGCAGGGCAGAGGGCAAGCCUCCUCCAACAGGCCGUUCGACACGCAGAAAGCAGCCAAGGAAACCAAGGAAGCGCCCAAGAAGGUUCAACAGAAGCUGACGGCAGCUGAGAGUUUGACGGAGAUAGAUGUUCUGGGGAACCCCGAGGGUCAGAUGUACACGGAAGCCAGAACGUACAUUGUCAUUGAAAUUUCCCUGGAAAAGCCCCUGCUGCCAAAGAGACCUCCGGAGGAAUUGGCGAAAAGAGUGAUGGAACUGAUUCCUCCCAGACCCCCUCUGCCACGAAGACCAGCUGGAGCUGAGAGAGCAGUGUUGGAGUACCAAGCCCAGAUUAAUAGUGUGACAGGCCAGAUCCUGGAGCAGUACCAACAGUUGUUUGGAGCUGCUUUGGUGUCUGGCUCGCAGCCGCUUGACCUGGCAGCCCAGGAGCAGCGGAAGACGCAGCUCAUUGGAGAGCUGAACUACUCUGGGAAGUACUUUGCCUUCAAGGAGCAGAUAAAGCACUCAGUGGUACGGAUAGCAAGAGAGAAGAUGCUGCGGACCGAGGCCUUCACUGAUCAGGAGCAGCUGCAAGGAUUCCUGAGCCAGCUGUAUGUGUUCUUGGUGGAUGAGAUGCACGUCGCCCUCAACAAGAUCCUCUCAGUGGAUGCUCCGGAGGACCAGCCUGGAUCCCCACUCAACUGUGCCCAGCUCAAGCACUUUGCCCUAGAAGCCCAGCUGAACCAGGACUACCAGCUGGCUGCCACCUACUAUCAGGAGCGGAUUGCUCGAGACAGCAGGGACCCGGGCCACUGGUUUGACUACGGAGUUUUUCACCUGCUGACCAAAGACUACCUGAAGGCGGAGGAGUGCUUACGACAAGCUGUGUCUGUCAAUCAGUCACAUGUGCCAAGUCUCCUGAUGUGUGGGAUCUUAGCAGAGAUGGCAGGUCACUUUGAGGAGGCGGAGACCUUCAUUGAAAGGGCAACCCGUGUAGCUCCGACCAGCGUGACAGCAUGGACGCUGUUUGGACUGUUCUACGAAGGACAGGAAAAUGCCAUCCAGGCAGAGAUGGCCUUCUUGGAGGCCAACAAGCAGCUGAAGACAACUCCAGUCAAGACUAUGUUAAUCAAUAGUGAGACCAAGACAGAAACACACAAGGAAGGGGUUCCACAGCACAACCCAGCCAUGAGAUCCAAUGCAGAGGCUAAUGCAGGGCAAAUGGCCACUGAUUCGUACAGCAACCAAGGCAAGAAAGAGUUGGGAGGCACUCCUACUGCCCCUGACCCCAGACCUGUGACCUCUCGGUGCCACAGCUCAUCUGUCAAGCUCAGCACCACCAUCUACAUGGAGACAGUGAGGUUCCUGCUGGACAGCAAUGCACUUCAGAUGGCACAAAGAGCACUAGCCCAGGAACUUCUGUGUCCAGAGGGAGGCCCGAGUAGUUCCUACUACUUGGCUUUAGCCAGACUGCAGCUGCUGAGUGGUGACUUUGGCAGUGCUGAAGUUAGCUUGAAGGAGGCACUAAAGGACACUUUUGAGAACCCAGAUGUGUGGGCGUGGUCUGGACACUUACACUUUUUGACGGGAAGCUACGGUGAGGCCAAGGACUGUUACAAGAGGACCUUGGACCUAGUGGCAGAUCCUGCAGACACACAUGCGGUCUACUUGCGUCUUGCAGAAAUCUACCUGAAGGAAGGGAAGUUUGAAAAGGCUAAAACCACAUACAUGCGUGCCUGUAAAAGCUCCCCCUCCUGUCUCACCUGGCUCGGCCUUGGCAUUGCCUGCUACCAGCUUGGGGAGUUGACCGAGGCCGAAGACGCCUUGAUGGAAGCCAAUGUUUUGAACAACACCAAUGCAGAGGUGUGGGGUUACCUGUCCCUGGUGUGCCUUCAGGCAGGAAAACGACUGGAAGCAGAGCAGUCCUAUAAAUACGCCAUAAAGCUGGAUCUGCAAAAUGAAAAGCUUCUUCAGGAGAUCAAAGAGCUGCAGGCCCAGGUUCGCUUUGGGAACCCCUGGUUCUGAGCCACGAGGACUCUGCCUGCCAGAAAAACAGCAGCCAAAGACGGUGACGUGGCUGUAUCACUAGAAUGCUGUUCCAGAAGGAGUUUGACAUUUUAUAUAUGGGAUGUUACAGAAUGACAGUGACACUUCAGGUGUUCAGAUGAAGCGUUGACAUUAAAGUUUCUGUAAAUACUGCUUGGGUUUUUGGUGCAUAUUCAGUUACAACCAGGACAAUAUGCAAGUAAAAUGAUAGACAUGUUUUACAUUUA